CGGUACCCAGCAGUGGCACCCGCAAGUUCCGCCCACCUGUGCCCAGCAGCGCGCCCACUAGCUCCGCCCAGCAGUGCCACCCACCUGUGCCCAGCAGUGCCACCCACCUGUGCCCAUCCACCAGUGCAGCCCAGCAGUGCUGCCAGUCAGUGCCACCAGUCAUCAGUGCCCAGCAGUGUCACCUAUCAGUGCCGCCUAUCAGUGCUGCAUAUUAGUGCCGCCUAUCCGUGCCACCUCAUUAGUACUGCCUAUCAGUGCCCUUUAGUGCUGCCCAUCAGUGCUGCCUCAUCAACACACAUCAGUGAAGGAGAAAAAUUACCUGUUUGAAAAAUUUUAUAAUAGAAACAAAGAAACUUUUUUUUUUCAAAUUUUUUGCACUUUAUUUAU